AAUCUGGACAUAAUGAGAAAGGCAGGAGGAAAUGCUCCAGCUUCCGUCUCUCCUGGGAGCAUCAAGACUGAGGCAGUACUGUACUGUACACAAUACUGUACAGGAUGAUCUUUAAAGGGUACUACAAUCGCAUGCAUGAGAUGCAGUGUAUCAGAAGCUCAGAAGUUUUGCUCAGAAGUAUGCUCAGAAGUUCUGAAUUUGAAGUGAAGCUGGAUCCCAGCAUAGCAGAACUGAAAGCACUCAAUCGUGUUAUGCUUGUGGCAGACAGACAGAGUCCGACGUCAGCGAGGAAGAAGAGCCCAAACCUCUGCCCAGCGACCUCCGCCCCAUUUGAGAGUGACCGCCUUGCCCUCUACGUCCCGCCGCCACGCUGCUGCUGCCCGCGCACCGCGCCCUGCUCCGGGAUGACCACGACCUCACCCCACUUACUUGCUGCACCAAUUUGUAAAAAUAAGGAACACAUUCCCCUCACUCCUGCCUCAUGAUGUCUGUUUUCUGCUCCUCUGUGGUCCCAUGUUGUUACAGUGGUGGAGGAUGCAGGCAUGAGCACAGACCCCGGCGUCAAGAUGGACACCAUAUUCCAGCAGUUCCUUCAAACGAAACUGCAGCAGCAGGCAGUAACCCAAGAGCUGGCCCGAGGCCUCCAGGUCACCAUCCAAGAGCUCCUGGCGCUGAGGAAAGGGCCGUCUGCCACUGCAGUCCUCCUCUCCAACCCAUGCUGAGAAGCCCAGUGCCUCCUUACCAAGCUCAUCAAUGAAGACAACAUCAAGGCUUACCUGAUCAUGUUCAAGCAAGUUGCCCAGCAUGAAAACUGGCCCAAGGAGGACUGGGCCCACGCCCUCACUCCCUUCCUAACGGCGGAGGCCCAGCUGGCCUACCAUGCUCUUUCCCCGACAAGGCUGCCCAGUACAACCUGGUAAAGAAGGAGAUCCUCCUAUGCUGCGGCCUCUGUCCAACCAGCGGAGUUCCACCGCUGGAGUUACAACCCAUAAGCCACCCCUCCCAGCCAAAUGGACAUGCUACUAUGCACCACCCAGAGGUGGCUACAGCCAGGGAUCCUCUUUGUCACCGAGAUCGUUGAGAGGGUGGCCAUGGACUGGUUCCUGAGGGCUCUGCCGCCCCGAAGAGCGGAAAGCCAUAGGCAUGCGGGGUGCCUACAACCCCCGAGAGAUGCUGGAGACACUGGAGUGAGCGGGAGCCACCGUGGAUACUGGCAGGGGCAAGCGACAAGAGUUCCCCUGGCCUCCGCUGGUGAGAUGUCUAGACCAGCACUCCCAAGGGGAGGGGAGACCCAGCCAAAACUGCUCCGUCUCUGGAGCCAACAGAGACGAGUCUAUGCCUACCUAGCCAGACCCCUCCGCCACUCAACGUGCUGACAAGCCCUGGCUCGCAGGCUGCGUUUUACACAAAGUCACUCCUCCCAACCUCCCCACCGUCCCCGUCAAGGUCAACAGCAGGCCAGUUUCAGCUCUGCUAGACUGUCACCCUGGCCCGGCCUUCCCUCCUGUCCACCCCCCAAGGCCACUGGCUCCCUGACAGUCACCUGUGUGCACGGGGAUGUCCGCGAGGUACCAGCGGCCUGAGUCAGCAUAAGACACCAAGCCAGGGAAUGGCUGCUCCUCGUGGGCCUUAUUCCAGAACUCCCCAUGCCCGUGCUCCUGGGUCGAGACUGGCCCGGGAUUCUCCACCGCCAGGGCCCCCAAAUCACCCUGGAGAUGGAGAUCCAGAGCGACGCGGCUGAGGGUCUGGCGGGCCUACCUGGCCCAGGGCAAAGGAGAUGCCGGAUCAACCUCCGCAGGUGAGUCCUCCAUCCCGACUAACCCUGUCAUCUCUGUUUACCCAGGUCACCCGGGAGGUGAAUUUCAUUCGGGAGCAGAAGGAAGACAACCGAUUGAAGCACUGUUGGGGCCAGGUGCAGGUCAUCGAGGAGGUCUCCCAGAAUCCCAAGUACUGACUCCCAGCCGCCCACUUCCACGUGGGGGUCUCCUGUACUACAAGAGGGAGCAUCGAGGACAGCCCUGCGAGCUGCUGGUGGUCCCCGCAGCCGAACUCAAGCCCUCAUGCACCUGGCCCAUUAUCACCCACUGCGGGGACAUCUGGGUGCCCGCAACACCCUGGAGAAACUGAAAGACUGCUUCCUCUGGCCGGGAAUGGACACUGAGGUCCACACGUUCUGUCAGCAGUGCCCCCAGUGUCAAAGGACUACCCCCUAUAAGCCUGCUCCUGCGCCACUCACUCCUCUCCCCAUUAUCGGCAUUCCCUUCAAGAGGAUAGGCAUGGACCUCGUGGGGCCUCUGCCGAAGUCUGUCUGGGGCCAGGAACACAUCCUGGACAUCAUGGACUAUACCCGGAGGCAGUCCCACUUCGGAAGGCCACCUGCCAGAACAUCGCCCGUGUCAAAGGAUUACCUCAUAUCAGCCUGCUCCUGCGCACCUCAUACCUCCCCCAUUAUCGGCAUUCCUGAGACACAAGUCCAUCAAGUCUUCCAAAACCUCCUUGAAAAUCAUUCGUAUUUUAAGUUUGGAAAAACUUGAAUUUCAGAUUUUUUUGAGGAAAAAAGAAAGGUUGAUGUGUUCACAGCCUGGCCAUAAACUCACAGUGUCAGAGAAAUCCACAGAAUUUCCCCUCGGGGAUCAAUAAAUUACAUCUAUCUAUCUAUCUAUCUAGAAUCUUGGGAUUUUAUAGGAGGUUCAUCAGAUAUUGCAGCCAUUGGCAAACAUUUCAUAUAACAAAAUAACCUGGUUGGAAAUCUGGCUAAUGAGAAACUAUAUAAUACAGCUCAGCAAAUUUCAAGUUCUUUAUUUAAAAAUAUCUUUGUACAGAAUGCAUAUUUCAAUAUGCAAGUGAAUCUGAUAUAUGCUAUACACAUUUUCACUGUGAAUGUCCUGAUAUGGUAUGUGUGAUGUGUGUGCUAUUGGAAUGAAUGAUAUGAUAGAACAGUCCACGUCCUCGUAGAUGCAGCUGGAUGUGUGAGUGUGUCUAUGAAAUGGAGAUAAAAGAAAUGAUGCCUGAUCUGAAGUUCCAAUUAGAGUCCUAAUGUGUGCCCUUGUGGAAAGUAGCUCUUCCCUUAAACAAUCCAUUUUGGUUCUCAUGCUGUGGUAGCGUUUGCCUGAGCGCAGUAGUGAGAAUGGGCUGUGGGAUGGGUUAUUAGAGUCCUUGAUUGAUUUAUAUUAAUUAGUUCAUUCAUAUAUCUUCAGUGACCAUUUCAUGUGGCAGUGGAUCUGUGACCUAUCCUGGAAACACCGGGCAUGAGGCAGGAAUACACCCUGGAUGGGAACUCAAUCCAUCGCAGGUUACCAUGCAUACAUAGGAGCAAUUUAGGGUCCCUGAUACACCUACCGGUAUGUUUUUGGACAGUGGGAGUAAACCAGAGAACCCACAUGGACAACAUGUAAAACUCUACACAGUAACCCAAUCCAGGAUAAGGAACUGGGGACCCAGGAGCUCCAGUGGGGCAAUAAUCCGGAGGAGUGGGAUGCAGUGGACUGCCCAGGGGGAAGACUGCUGACCACCAAAGGGAGAAAGUUGUAUCAAAAGCAACUUUAUGGCCCCAUGUUCAGAGUAAACUGUGGCAGCUUGAAUACUGUUUGUUUAAGUAAUGUGGAACUGCUGGAGGAACUGUUGAGAAAAGAUGAGAAGUACCCUUGUAGAGGAGACACAUCUCCGUGGGCUGAAUAUCGAGAGAUGAAGGACUUAGGCUAUGGCCCUUUCACCGGAGAAGGAGAAAAGUGGUACAAACUCCGAUCUGUGCUGAACAAGCGUAUGCUGCAUCCAAAGGAUGCAAUGAAGUAUGAAAAUGCGAUUAAUGAAGUGGUCACAGAUUUUAUCAAACGGAUAUGCCAUCUACGCAAGAUGAGCUCCACUGGAGACCUGGUACCCAACAUGUCCAAUGAGCUGUACCGUUUCUCUCUAGAAGGAAUCUCCCGCAUAUUGUUUGAGACUCGUAUUGGCUGUCUGGAGGAUGAGAUUCCAGAGGAGACUCAAAACUUCAUCAACUCUAUUGCCCAGAUGUUCACUUACACUCUGUAUGUGUCCCUGCUUCCCAAGUGGACUCGUAAUUAUUUGCCAUUCUGGCAGCGCUACAUAAGUGGUUGGGACGGAAUCUUCAGAUUCGCCUGCAAGCUAAUUGACAGGAAGAUGGAGGACAUUCAGAUGCGUCAGGAUGCAGGUCAGGAAGUUGCAGGAGAGUAUCUCAGCUAUUUGCUCUCCAACUCCAACAUGAGCAAAAAGGAUGUGUAUGGAAGCAUUGCUGAACUGCUCCUGGCAGGAGUGGACACAACAUCCAACACUAUGAUGUGGGCCUUGUACCUGCUCUCACGGCAUCCAAAGACACAGGACACACUGUAUCAGGAAGUGGCCAGCAUCAUGGGGACAAAUGGCGACAAAAUUCCAACUGCUGAAGACAUAAACAGCAUGCAUUACCUCAAGGCUGUCAUCAAGGAGACUCUAAGAAUGUACCCAGUUGUUCCCGUAAAUGGACGUCUUUUGUCAGGAAGUGACGUGGUAAUUGGAGGACACUUCUUCCCUAAAAAGACCACAUUUUCUACCUUACAUUAUGUGAUCAGUCAUGAUGAGACAAUCUUCCCUGAGCCACGACUCUUCAAGCCUGAACGCUGGUUACGGGAUGGGAGGAAGAGGCCUAAUCCAUUUGGCUCCAUCCCAUUUGGGUUUGGAGUGAGAGGGUGUGUUGGUCGACGGAUCGCUGAACUAGAGAUGCACCUGGCUCUGGCGAGGAUGAUAAAGCUGUUUGAAGUGAAGUUGGAUCCCAGCAUAGGAGAGGUCAAAGCUUUUAAUCGUGUUGUGCUUGUGGCAGACCGACCAGUCAAUUUUCAUUUUCUAGAGCGGAAAGAUGUAUCCAAUUAAAGUCAAGAUUAUUAACUUUGGACAGGCUUUGUGACAGAAGGAGUCCACCCACUCUCUCCAAAGCCCAUUCCUCUAAGGACAUUCAUGGGCAUGUAGAAUGAAUGCAUGUAUGUCACUGCUUCAUUGGCAACAGUUCAUUUUUACGCUACUUUUAAGCAAACUGCAAUCACAGCUAAACCCUGAAGGUGCUUUCAGAGCCUAUGUCUGAGUUAUAGCUAUCAGAAUGUAAAGACAAUCAAUUACAGCAAUUUUUUUUCAAUGAAACACUGCAUAUAAGUAGCCAUGAAUGCUGUGUUGACUAUUUGUUCACUAAGUAAAACUUUCUAUGUAAUUGUACUUUCUUAAUAAAUUACCUACACACACCA